AUUUUGAAAAUACAAGGGAGUGGAGACGUCGUAAAUCUAUUCAAGUCUGGGUUAUUCUUAAUAUCGGUUCCAUCUGAGAAAUCUGGGGGAAAAAGUUGAUUACAGAGAAUAGGACAACGAAAUAUCAUGGCCGAAGAGGUCGUUUGCCUUGAUGUCCAACCCCAGGAAGCGAAUGUUAGCCAAACCGAACCACACAUCGUCGUCGUCGAUGGAGAGAUUACAUGCAGUGGACUUGUGCGGAAAGAGAAAGUGGACCUUGAGUCAGAGAUGGAAAUAGGUGCAGUAACCGGGGAAAAUCUUGCCAAAGACGUUGCUCACAUAUCGCAAGGCCUUUUUCAGGACGAUGGUGACUGCGACGGAGAUGACGACGAUGACAGCGGCACCGACUACCACAACAGCGACCAGUCUGGCACACAAUUACAAAGGGCUGAACGCAAUGGCGAUAGUGCCCUUCCAGACACCUUUCAGACUAACCAUCUCAUUUAUUAUGAGAGGUUCAAGGCAUACCAAGACUACAUGCUGGGAGAUUGCAAAACCUCUGAAGUAAAAGCUUUCACAGCAGACUACCUGGAAAAGGUUGUGGAGCCGUGUGAGUGGCAAGCUGUGUGGAGCACAGAUGUUUUUGAUGUCUUGGUGGAGGUGGUGGAUGUGGACUACAAAGAGAUGAAAGCUAAGGUGGAGCUGGUGCUGCCUCUGCAGUGUGAGACCAGGGGCUGUGAGCUGACGGAGGACGCCAUGAGGGCUCUGCUAGAGGCCACACUGCAUAUGCUUCCUGUGCUGGAGCUUCAGGUGGUUUACGAGGAGUCUGGAGACUUUGACCAGACUGCACUUGCCCUGGAACAUCUCAGGUUUUUCUACAAACAUAUCUGGAGGCAGUGGGAUGAAGAGGAUGAGGAUGAUGACUUUGAUUAUUUUGUGCGCUGCGUGGAGCCUCGCCUUAGGCUACACUAUGACAUCCUUGAGGACCGGGUGCCUGCUGGUCUGGUGGCGGAGUACCAUGCGCUGCUGAGCCACUGCUCGGGGAAGUACCGGGAGUUCUCCAGCCUGAGGAACGGCCUGAGCAGCGACUCCGACUCGGAGCUGGACAACGUGUCCAUGGUGGAGGGCCUACGCCUGUAUGACCACGUGGAGACACUCAAGCGCAAGCUCCGGAUCAUCGAAAACCCCCUGCUCAGGUACGUGCUGGGCUACAAGGUGAACUCUGGGCAGCACUCGAGCGUGGCCAAGGGCCGGCGGCCGGAGGGGGAGCGAGCCGUGCAUGUGGUGUGCGCCUCCACCACCGUGGGCCUCCUGCACAGCCUCAUGGCCGACAAGCUGGGGCCCCAGUACUCCGGAGAGGAGUUCCAAGUGCAGUUUCACAGAGACCCACAGCUGGCUGUGAGUGCCUGCUACGAGGGGGAUGUGGUCAUCGUUUGCCCGGGUCACUACAACGUGACCAGCUCCAUCAGCAUCCCUGACUCCAUUCUAUUGGAAGGUUAUGGGCUGCCGGAUGAGGUGGUGAUCGAGAAGAAGAGCAAGGGAGACACAUUUGUGGAGUGCACGGGGGCCGACGUCAAGAUCUCCAACCUGAAAUUCAUCCAACAUGACGCCAUCGAAGGCAUCCUGUGUGUGCGUCAGGGAAGGCUGGAGAUGGAGAACUGUGUGAUGCAGUGCAACACCACUGGGGUGAUCGUGCGAACGUCCGCCGAGCUCUCCAUGAACAUGUGUGACCUCUACGGAUCCAAGGGGGCGGGCGUGGAGAUCUACCCUGGCAGCGUGUGCAGUCUGCUGGGCAACGGCCUCCACCACUGCAAAGAAGGCAUCCUGAUAAAGGACUUUGCCGACCAGUUGGACACUAUACCUAAGAUCACCAUGGUCAACAACGUCAUCCAUAACAACGAGGGCUACGGCGUGAUCCUGGUCAAGCCAAACGACAGCAGGAGUGAGAACCAGCCUGCCAAGGCAGGAGCUGCAGAUGAGCCGGAUGGUUCCGUGGGUCCAGCUGAGGUGGACACGGCCGUGGAGAUGGGCAGCUCGGAGGGUGAGCUCCCCGAGGCGGAGAUCCCCAUCAUCGUGGUGGAGGAGGACUGCUGUGUGGCCAGCGAGAGCUCGGAGGGAAACGACGCCAUCAAGCGCGAGCUGAUGGCCACCUCUGCCAAGAAGCUCCGCCUCCAGAGAAGCAGGGCCAAUCAGGUGGGCUCCAUGCAGGCUGACGAGAACUUGCCAUCGCAGGAGAUGUUCGUCUCCAUCCAGGGCAACCAGUUCAAGCGCAAUGGCAAAGGCAGCUUCGGCACUUUUCUGUACUGAAUGUCCUUUAAUGACCAAACGAAAAUGCACAGACACACUUUAAAAUGUUUAUUUAUUUUUUGUUUUAACUACAGUGACAAAGUGUCAAGGUGUGCAGGGCUUUUAAAUCUGUUGAUAUAAUGAAUUAAUAAAAGUGGUGUUGCUCCAUCCACAGAUAUAUAAGUGUUUGUACGGAACUUUCACCUUGUUAUUUUUAAAAUACACACUAACAUUGUGAAUAUGAGGACCGCAUGGUUGUUCCUUUUCACAUUCAGUUUUCACAUGUUUGGGAGGAAAUUGUGUGGCACAGAGGAUUCAUUCACUUAUUUCAUUCAUUUAUGAGUAUACAUCACUCCUAUGUUGGUCACAGGUGCCAAAGUAAAAGCACUGUUAACAUUGUCUAAUAAACGCUCUUUCUAUAUCA